CCUAGCUCAUUGACGAGAAAUGUGAGAGAGUCGUGUCGCUCGACAGCAUCGUUUGGCCCACAAGUGUCUUGCUGGCGCGCGCUAUGACGCAAAUCCCACCGAAUACGCGCGGGAGCUCCUUGGCCCAAUGCCCAAUCCCCGUUUGUUGCCAGACCGGCUUGAAACGCUCAAGUUGCUUGCUGGCUGGCUGGCUGGCUGGCUUGACUUCGCUUUGCGUUGCUUUGCUUUGCUUUGCUGGUCCACUUCACCCGCCAUUAUCUGUUUCCUUGCUCACUCUUCAUUUAUUGCACUUCCAUUAAUCCUCCCCCUUUCACCCAUUUGCCUCCCUUCCCCCUCCCCCACUCGCCACUCUACCUGCCUCGAACCUCUUUUCCCUCGACUCUGCUCCAAUCUCCCUAACCGUCUGUAUCCAACCCACCGCUUGUCCGCCUCCAUUGGUCUGCAUGGCCGCCGUUCACUGAACCCCCCCGCGUGCAACGACGGCACGAUCCCCACGAUUUACGACAUUCUCCUGUCGUCCGACCCAUACCUGCAGUGCUACGCGCGACUCCUACGCCCACUUUCCCUUCCUCCAACAUGUCUAAUCUUUUCGACCCCGAGGAAAACCCCAACGCCGGCAAAGGUCUCGACGACUCCAAAAACCAAAGUAUCAAGACUUUUGCCGCGUCUCUCGCCACCGGUGCUAUUGUCUUUGGCGCACAGAUUGCCGUCUUCCUCAUCCUGAGUGGUAAUUGGAAGAUUCGACGUUCAAAGAACGCCAACGAGCUACCCACGGAGCGCCAAAGCUUGUUCCACAAGAUCUACUACUACAAGACAGCCUUUGUCACCAAACGAAAGAGAAUCGCAGCCCCGACGACCGCCCUAGAAUCCAUCCGCAAUGUCUUUACCAUCAGCGAUCGCGAGCUCAUUCGUGUUGCCGGUGUGGACGGUUUCCUGUUCUUGCAAUACCUCCAAUUGCUGCUGCGCAUAUUCAUCCCCAUGGCCAUAGUCAUCUUGCCCAUCCUCCUCCCCCUCAAUCGCAUCGGCGAUGUCCCUGGUACCACAGGCCUCGACAGUUUCGCUUGGCCCAAUGUCAGCGUGCCUGCAAAGCGAAGUCGCCUCUGGGCUCAUGUCAUCUUGGCUGUGGUAGUCGUAGCGUGGGUUUGCUACAAUUUCUACAUCGCUCUCAGGAAAUUUGUGCGCUUAAGGCAAACCAUUUUGACCGUGCCAGAACAUCGUAUCCGUGCUUCUGCUACCACCAUUCUGGUACAGAGUAUCCCUAGGAAAUGGCUUACUGUUGCUGCGCUUGACGCUCUGUACGACGUGUUCCCGGGUGGUAUCAAGGACGUUUGGAUCAAUCGCAAUUACGAUGAAUUGAUGGAAAAGGUCAACCAGCGAACCAAAAUUGCCCGCGCGCUCGAGGCCGCCGAGACGAAUCUCAUAAUCAAUUGCACAAAGAAGCACGCAAAAAUGGAAGAGAAGAAGGCAAAGCAGGACGGCAAGAAGAAAUCCAAAAAAGAGAAGAAGCAGGAGACGGCCAGGCGCAACUCUGUCAUUGAUCAGAAUGCUCAUGAGCAAGGAUACAGUGCUAACAACCCUCACCAAAUUGAGCAGACCCUUCAAGCAGUCUUGGAAGAGUCUUCUUCGAGCUCUUCAUCGUCUUCGUCAUCUCGAUCAUCAUCCCCAAAUCGAAAACGCAAAAUGAUCCCUAUUCCUAUUGUUGGGCAGGGCUUCCAGGUGGUCGGAGAAGGCAUCCGCGAUGUGGGCAAAUUUGGCGGGAAAAUGGUCGGCGGAUUUAAGAAAGGCUUUGUAAAGCACGAUCGGCACCCGGAUCGGCCUCAAGCCGAAGAAGUUGGCGAACGGCCCCUCUCGUCGCCUGCUAUGGCGGACUUUGAAGUCAGAGGAACGAGUACUGACACUUAUACGGCUCUGAACGACCCCUCCAAAAACGCUUACCAACCCGAGGAAAAGUCUCCCGUUUCCUCUGACCCCGACACGCUCCCAAAGAAACGCCCGCAUACUGCUGAGUCGACCUUGGGCCCAUUGAAACCCCUUUCCGCACUCAAAAAGUCGCCUCUCAACCCUGUCCGCCGGAUGAGCGAUUUUGCAAGCCCGCAACCUUUCCGUGCUGAGGGGGAGGAGUUUCCUCUAGAAACCAAUACCGCCGAGCCGAUCAAGUACAACUUUACAGGUGUAUAUGAUGAGAGUUUCAUCGAGGAUGACGAAAAUGCUUUCUGGAGAAAAUACAUCAAACCCAACGACCGCGAGACCAUGCGCCUUCCCAUUUUCGACAAGUCCUGGUGGCCAGCGCUUCCUCUCAUCGGGAAGAAGGUGGACACCAUAUAUUACUGUCGUAAAGAGCUCGCGCGCCUGAAUCAUGAGAUUGCGAUAGACCAGGCCGAUUUGGAUCGGUUCCCGUUGAUGAACUCCGCCUUCAUCCAAUUCAAUCAUCAGGUCGCGGCUCAUAUGGCUUGCCAGUCGUUGAGUCAUCACAUCCCCCGUCAGAUGAGUCCUCGUACCGUUGAAGUCAACCCUAACGAUGUGCUCUGGGACAAUUUGACAAUGUCUUGGUGGAUGCGUUACAUCCGAAUGUUCUCUGUCAUCGUUCUCAUCGUCGGUCUGAUUAUACUUUGGGGUAUUCCAGUUACUUUCACUGGUGCUCUGUCCCAGAUCAGAUCACUGACAGAUGAUGUCAAAUGGCUCGAAUGGGUUGCGGACCUUCCUGGCUGGUUUAUCAAUUUCAUACAGGGUGUCCUGCCUCCGCUAUGUCUUGCUAUCCUGUUUGCUUUGCUGCCGAUUGUGUUGCGCUUCUUAGCUGAAUUGACUGGUACCACGACUGCUGGCGAACGAGAACUACUCGUGCAGAACUUCUAUUUCGCAUUUGUGUUCAUCCAGCUGUUCCUCGUCGUGUCAAUAUCUGCGGGUAUCAUCUCCACGCUGGAGACGUUAUUGAACGAUCCGAUCAGUAUUCCCCAGACACUCGCAAAGGACCUCCCGAGAGCAGCCAACUACUUCUUCUCGUACAUGAUUUUGCAGGCGCUCAGUAUCAGCUCCGGAACUCUUCUGCAGGUUGGGCCCGUUCUUCUCCUAUUGGUCAGUCGCUUUCUGGACACGACCCCACGGCAGAAAGUUUCGAGGGUACUCAGCAGGCCGGGUAUCAACUGGGGAAAUAUGAUUCCCGUCUAUACGAAUUUCGGAGCCAUUGGACUCAUCUACUCCAUCAUAUCUCCUCUAAUCAUGAUCAUGAUGUUGAUCACCUUCAGUCUGUUCUGGCUCACAUAUCGAUACCAGAUGAUAUAUGUCUCGUAUGCCAAGGCCGAAACCAAUGGGUUGAUUUACCCCAAGGCGAUCAAUCAGUUGUUCACCGGCCUCUAUUUCCUCGAGCUUGUCUUGGUUGGCUUGUUCCUAUUGCAGGAAGGGCCAGAUGGCGGCAGGGCCUGUCUUCCACAUGCUAUCAUCAUGAUUGUGACGGGCGCCUUCACGGUAUUGUUCCAAAUGUUGCUCAAUCGAGCGUUCGGCCCGUUGUUCACGUACCUACCCAUUACCUUUGAGGAUGAAGCGGUCGAGCGUGACGCUGAAUUCCAACGUGCUCAGGCUUCUCGAUGGAAGGCUAAAGAAGACGACGAGCACGCUUCGCUUACCGAAUCUCUAAACACAGAACUCGAGAAGAGGGAGAAAACAGAACGGCGCCAAUCCCAACUCAUGGAGGAUGAAGAUCGCCGCCGGUCCAAGGGCUAUGUGGACGGCGCUUAUGAAAUGAAACAGCUCGAUCGAUCCCAAACUCGAGAAACCUCCCAGCCGCCUUCAGGCUCGGAGAGCCCCGAACGCUCCAGGAAAACAAAAUGGACCGACCGCUCCCGCGACCGAUCACGCUCGCAGUCGCUACAGCCAUCCAACAAGCCCAGCAGCGCCAAGAAACACAAAUCAAAGAAACACAACAAUAACCCCAUGGACGCCAUCUCCAAUGCCCUCAAGGUUGGCAUCGACGACGCCUCCCGUCCUAUUCGUGAUCUCGAGGCCCAGGCCGCGCGUGUCCUCCCCAGCGAGAAUCUCUUCGACGACAUCGAUGACCAGCUUGAAGAUAUCGAACCCGAUGCCCGUCAGAAGUUGAUUAAACGCAGUUUCCAGCACCCAGCUACCCGCGCCAUCCAACCUGCCAUAUGGAUCCCGCACGACACAAUCGGUAUCGCUAAGGACGAGAUCGAGCGUACUGCGGCGUUCAGCUCCAAGGUCUGGAUCACGAGCGAGAACGCGCAAUUGGAUGCAGAUGGGGGUGUGCUGUACCGUGGAUUGCCACCUGACCGGGAUCCGUUUGAGAAUAUUGAGGUCUAAGUUUGGUGUAGGCUGGUUGCGUAAGUGCGGGCCUUGCCUUGAUCUCGAGACAAAAGAGGACGAGUGAUGAUUAUUUUGGAAUACCGUUUUUUCUCCAUGCGUCUCCCGUCUCUGUACUUUUUUUUCUCUCUAGAUUUUUUCUUUCGGUUUGUGGGGUCCCACCCUCUUUAAUUUGGGGGGUUUGUUGCAUAGCGUAGGCGUAAUGGAGGUUCUCAACGGCCUCCCCUCUUUUUUUUCCCUUUUCAGCGGUACACAUAGUGGAAUGUAUAGCGAUAAC